AUGAGUCGCCACCCAGUCACUAAGUGGGCACAGAGGUCCGACAGGGUGUUCUUGACGAUAGAGCUGCCCGACGCCAAGGAUGUGAAGCUGAACUUGAAGCCUGAAGGCCAUUUCAACUUCUCGGCCAAGGGCUCAGAUGACUUGCCCUAUGAGUUUGACCUUAAGCUGUUUGAUGCUGUGAAUGUGGAGGUUCUAAUUUAUCGGUCUUGCUGUUUGCAGGAGAGCAAAGCAGUUGUUGCCCCAAGGACCAUAUGCUAUCUGAUCAAGAAAAUGAGCGCAAGUGGUGGCUAA